UUGACUGUGCAACCAACUUCGGGUUUGCGGGAGUUUGGUUACCGAAUAUGGGGUUUGUUCAAUGCUGUCCUGCACACUGAUUUCAAGAUUUACCUAUAAAGAAAACGAUGGAAAGAAGCUCCUAAAAAUUGGACAAAGACGUAAAUUGAACACGGGAGGAAUAGAAGAAAGAACUAAAGGAUCAUUCCUGUAGCUCCAUCUGUAUGUCUGCCAGAACGCAGAGAGAGAGAGGGAGCUUUAUUGGGAAUUCUUGAACCCUCAGCGGGACGCAAGAGAUCUCACCCCCAAACUUCCAAAACUUCCAAAGUCUUGGGAACAAGUCAACAAACUGAUGCAGACGUCUUCAACUUUUCAUAGAAGGGCGUAAGGCUGCUGGCUGGCUGUCCUGUUCCAUCACAGAACAGAAUACCGAGCAGAGGACAGAGCCCCAAUGCCAGUGGACAUGCAGCCACAUCAGGGGCUGUAUCAUUAUGAGUCUACACCCAACCAGCCGCCCAGAGGCCUUGCUUCUUCAGGAAGGUCUCCCUACAGUGAAGUGUCAUCCCUGCAUGCUCCACUCCACAAUGGCCAUCCUCAGGACUGCAGGAACAUGUAUAACCCAAUGACCCCUAACCCCAGAAACAAUCCUAACUCCGGUGUCAACCCCAUGGACCAGUACAUGAGACCCCCUCUGGCUCCCCCACUGCACAGCAUGAUGGGACACCGCAGCAUGAAUCAGUCCUCCGACGGUGGUAAUAGCACCCCCUACUGUCACAACAACCUCAUGUCAUCCCACCACGGCUUCCCCCAUGGACAGGGAUUAGACCAUGUGGGAGACGGCUCGCGGUUCUCAACGCCUCGCUCCAUGCUGAAGCUGAGUAAGAAGCGUGCCUUGUCCAUCUCGCCGCUGUCUGACGCCAGCGUGGACCUACAGACGGUCAUCAGAACCUCUCCUAACUCCCUGGUGGCCUUCGUCAACUCACGUUGUGGACCCAACGGAGCCAGCUCCUACGGACAUCUGUCUGUGGGCGCCAUGAGUCCAUCAAUGGGUUACUCCAACUCAAUGAACUACCAGUCCAGACAACCGAGCUCUAUGUAUGGUGGACACACCCCUGGACCCUGCCACGCCUCCCCCCGACUACCCCCCCACAACCCCCGCCUCCACGCACCAAAACAUGGACACCUAAAGACAGAGCCAGUGCUGGGUAGUGUGAUGGAUGGGAUCAACAUUAAGAGUCUGGAGGAAAGGUCUGAGGGUGACGUGGCCAGCCCAUCCUCUACUGGCACACAGGAUCCUCUGAUGGCUCUGCUGGAGGGGCGGGAGGAUCUGGAUAAGGAGGAUAAACCGGAACCAGAGGCCAUCUAUGAGACCAACUGCCACUGGGAGAGCUGCAGCAAGGAGUUUGACACGCAGGAGCAGCUAGUCCACCACAUAAACAACGAGCACAUCCAUGGAGAGAAGAAGGAGUUUGUGUGCCACUGGCAGGAGUGUUCCAGGGAGCAGAGACCUUUCAAGGCCCAGUACAUGCUGGUGGUUCACAUGCGCAGGCACACAGGAGAGAAACCUCAUAAGUGUACUUUUGAGGGCUGUAAUAAGGCCUACUCUCGCCUGGAGAACCUGAAGACCCACCUGCGGUCUCAUACAGGGGAGAAGCCGUAUGUCUGUGAACACGAGGGAUGCAACAAAGCCUUCUCCAACGCCUCAGACAGAGCCAAGCACCAGAACCGUACACACUCCAACGAGAAGCCGUAUGUGUGUAAGAUCCCCGGGUGUACGAAACGCUACACAGACCCCAGCUCUCUGCGGAAGCACGUGAAGACAGUCCACGGCCCUGAGGCUCACAUCACUAAGAAGCACCGAGGGGACACUGGGCCCCGGCCGCCUGGCUCAUCACUGACCCCUGGUGGACAGUCUGGUGAACUGCUGCUGGAGAAAGAGGAGACGAGACACAGGGAGGACUGCAAACUGCUGGUGCCUGAAUCUGCUCUGAAGUCUCAGCCCAGUCCGGGUGGCCAGUCGUCCUGCAGUAGCGAGCGUUCUCCACUGGGGAGCGCGAACAACAACGACAGUGGUGUGGAGAUGAACCUGAACGCAGCAGGGAGUCUGGAGGACCUGACCGCUCUGGAGGACGGAGGGGCGGGAGGAGGAGGGGAAGCUGGGGGAAGAGGGCAGGGCAUGGUAGGGAUGGGGGGCACGUCGUCUCAGGCCCUAAAGAGACUAGAGAACCUGAAGAUAGACAAGCUGAAGCAGAUCAGAAGGCCCACUCCACCCGGACGCUGUGGUAGGAGUAGCAAGCUACCAGCACUCACAGGUUGUCCAGGAGAGAUGAUGGGAGGGAUGUGUACUCCCUCGCCCCUCCUCUCCAACCGGCGCGUCAUGGAACUGUCCAAUCACGAGCUGGGCGGCGGACCCUCUGGCAUGCCCCCCCCUAUCAGUGACCGGAGGGGGAGUGGCACCAGCAGCCUGAGCUCUGCCUACACAGUGAGCCGUCGUUCUUCCAUGGUGUCCCCCUACCUCUCCAGCCGGCGCUCGAGCGAGGUCUCCCAGUUAGGAGGAGGUGGAGGAGGGUUCCUGGGUCCUGACCAGGGAGGAGGUGACCCCCUCUCCCCUGAGACCAGCCGCCGAAGAGGGCUCUGCCAUGGUGUUGGAGGGGGAGGAGGGUUGCCAGGUCUGCCUUGUCUAACACCCGCUCAGCAAUACAGCCUGAAGGCUAAGUAUGCAGCAGCAACUGGCGGCCCACCCCCUACCCCGCUGUCAAGUAUGGAACAGGGAGCAGGGACACCCGGGAGACGAGGAGUGCUCCUCAGCGAGUACCAGGGUCAGCCGCUACCUGCGUUCCUGCAGCAGGGGGGUCAGAGGAGACACAGUGCCAACACGGGGGAGUAUGGGGUCAUCUACCCGCACCAAGCCCCAGGGAAUGCCACCCGGCGUGCCAGCGACCCUGUCCGCUCCACCGGCGACUCACAGGCCCUUCCCAAGGUGCAACGCUUCAACAGCCUGAAUAAUGUGGCCAUGAUGGGCCGGAGGAACGCCCUGCAGCAUUGUGGGUCAGACGCCAACAUCGCACGCCACAUGUAUUCGCCGCGGCCACCCAGCAUUACAGAGAAUGUCAUGAUGGAGGCCAUGGCUACAGACUACCAUGGAGGAACCAUGGAUGCCAGGAACCACUGCAUGAUGCUUUCCCCAGGAGAGAGAGGUUUCCUGGGCUACCAGUCCCACCACAUGGGGGGUCCCACCAGCUUGUUAUCACCCAGCCACGACAGCCUGGGAUGCCCAGAGCAGGGCUACCAGACACAGGGACAGAUGUUCAUGCAGGGUGGGCACUACCAGGGCACCUCCAGAGGACCAGGUCAGGGCCAGGUGGGACAGGGGGGACCCAUUCACCCAGAGGGGAUGUCCAACAUCUUGCUGCAGCAGGCUGAGUAUAGUAUGAGUACCUGCCAGCUUAGUCCCUCUGGGCCACACUACCCCAGCCUGGACCAAGGUGGCCCCGAUGGAGGUACAGGGGCCUGGGUAGAGAGCAGCCAGGUCCAGACCACUCAUGGAGUUCUUCAGACGGAGAUGCAGUAUCAGGACCAGGGCUCUAUGCAGGGCCAGACACUGGGUCUGUACACCCAAGAGCCUGAUGGCGGACACAAACUGAUCAUCAAACCAGAACAGCAGCAGUACCACCCAGCCCUAGCCAACCCAGAUGCCUGCCAGAAGCAACUCCACCAACACCAGCAGCAGAGGCCCCAUCCAGGGCAGACACCCAUGCCCGUGCGACCCGUGUCCUCCCAGAGCAGUUACCCCCAGCAAGGGCAGCCUGGCCAGGGCAUGAUGAGAACCACCAACCCCAGCUGUGACUUCCAUGGAGGAGGCAUGGAGAACCAGAACCAGGCCUCCAUGCAGCAAGGGAAGCAGCAGGGUUCCUUCCCCCAAAGUGGCGGCAUCAGCCUGGGGUCGGCUGCGCUUGGUGCUGGGGGUCGCUCCCAGACACCCAUGAUGCAGGUGAAGGAGAUGAUGGUGAGGAACUAUGUGCAGUCACAGCAGGCUCUGAUGUGGGGUCAGGAGCAGGACCAGAGGGGGAUUGGAGUGGACGGGAAACCUCUUCCUCUGUCAGACAGCAUGGACAUGUCAGGACAGCAGGGGGCCAUGAUGCAGCAACAGCAUAGUCCUCAACACCAACAUAAUCUCUACCCCAACCCAGGCUCCAGCUACCCAGGCUACCCUACCAACCAGAACCUGAUGAGCCCCCCAGCACACAACCGAGUCCCCAGCUCUAGCUCCUCCAUCCCCCCGACGGAGGUAUCCAUGACGGGUCUGCCUGGAGGCCCAGGGUCCUGCUACGGCCAGGAUAUGGGGGCUCCUGUAGUCCCAAGACCCCCCCAGUGCCGGAAGCCCGUCAGCAGGCAGAAUAGUCUCCAGUCCCAAGGAGGUGGAGCGUACCUGGGCAGUCCUCCCCACCUCAGCCCAGUCCACUCUACCUCCAGCCCCAGACGUGUGGUCCGUCUGCCCCCUGUCCAGGGCCACAUGACCCCCCAACAGACCCACCAGGAGAUCUUCCCCUCCUUAAACAACAUCAACAAUAACAUGUACUACUCUGGCCAGAUCCACAUGCAGCACUCUGACAUGGACAAGCAGCAGAUCCAACAAAUCAGCCACCCUCACCAGGACCCAACUCAGACCGGGCCCUGCCUCAACCAGCACCAACAGCACAUGGUAACCCACAUGGAUCACCAGGGCAAUAAGUCAGCGUCCCUAGCCUACCUUCAUGAGUCGACCCCCAUCUCCAAUGCUCUGGAGAACCUAGAUCUGGACAACGCCCAGAUAGACUUUACCUCCAUCAUCGAUGACCCAGACCCCUCGUCAUUCAGCCCCAUCAACCCUCCUCUCCACGGGGGCUCGUCCCAGACCUCGUCCCGCCUCACCACCCCUCAGACGUCCAUCACCAUGCCCUCCUCUGGGCUCCCUAACAUGGCUGUAGGAGACAUGACUUCCAUGUUGACAUCUCUGGCCGGAGAGAACAAGUACCUUAAUACACUGUCUUAGAACCCAAAGACUCGAUUCUAGAACAAGAACAGAACCUGAACACGCUCAUAAAGUUAACUAGAUGGGCUAAGC